UCAACUUCAAAAGAUAUCAUCGCUGACAGAAACUUAUAGACACAAACGACGCAAAGUGUAACAGUCAGUAUUGUCCUUCAUUCCUGCCCUAUAACCACUAUAUAUUUGCUGAUCUCAUUUUCCCAGUGGAAGAGCACAGAAGACGUUUCACAACAAACUCCAUCAAUCAAAAUAAAAAAUGCCUCGAAAGAUUGUAGCCCUCCUGUGGCUUACUUUAGCAAGGGAAUUUGUUUUUCUCCGGGGUCAAAAUAUUAGCAGUCUUCUGCCCUCCAGCUCAAUUCCUUCGUCAACAACAGAACCACCAGUUUAUGAAUGCCCGGCUCGCGAGGAAAUAAAGCCCUGUGUUUGUCACCUCAUUGGGGAAAAUCAGAUGGAGAUGGACUGUUCCAAAGUUCUGGAUGGAGAUGAACUCAGGAGAGUUUUCAGCCAAGAGUUUCUGUUUUCCGAUUUCUAUAGACUAGUCAUGACUGGAAGUAACUUGACUGUCUUGAGAGAAGGCGACCUAGGAGUAUCGUCCUUCACAGAAAUAUACAUAAUGAAUGGUAACCUUGUUGAAAUAGAAGACCUGGCUCUGGCAGGCAGUGCAGACACUCUGGAAUACUUGGAUAUGUACAACAACCACCUUCAAGGAAUUCCAGACAUUUCGGCUUUUAGCCGUUUGUCUGGUGUUAAUCUCUGUAAGAACUCCUUUACAUCAUUUCCCACAAUGAAUUCCGUGACAAUGAGGAUUCUUGAUUUCAUAGGAAAUCCGUUAAUAUCUCUUCCAUCUGACGCAUUCCAAGGUCUUCCAGAAAUAGAAUAUGUUUUUCUUGAUCAGUGUAGUCUGACGGGGAUAGUUUCAGGAACUUUUGCAAAUAAUGAAAAGCUUUCCUAUUUGAGUCUGGAUGGGAACAGUCUGAAUUCCCUUCCGCUUGACGCCAUUCAGCUAAGCGGACUAACAAGCUACUUAUUCCUCCGGAACAAUCAACUCGGCCAGUUAGCUAACGGUUCGAUUUCCGGCGUCACAGGCAGUGCUUAUAUGCAAGGAAACUCUCUAACAGAGUUAUACGAGGACGUCUUUCGACCAAUGCUCGACGACAACGCGACUGUUUACUUAGAAAACAAUCCCUUCGGCUGCGGGUGUGACAUCGCUUGGCUGAUUCUCAACCAAACGUUGCUGGAACGCUUAGCCGAUUCCCCAAGCUGUUCGGACGGAACUGCUUUUGUUGAUCUGGAUCCUGCUUAUUAUGAAGCCAUGUGCUGAUGGAAUAAUUUGCGAUAAACAAUCUCUCUCUCUCUCUCUCUCUCUCUCUCUCUCUCUCUCUCUCUCUCUCUCUCUCUCUCUCUCUCUCACAGAAUUUGAUGUUUCUUGAAACAAUUACACAUAUGUAUCUGUGACAACAUCCUCGAACUAUGAAAAAAAGAUAUGUUAACGAAUAAAAAUCGCUUGAGAAAAAUAUAUAUUUGCAGUUAUGUAAA